AUGACUUGGGGGUUCAGUUCUGUGGCUCGAGAGAAGGCGUACGUUCGUCGCCGGAAAGGAGACGCAGUAAACAAAUGUAGCACGGAGAUCAAGCGUGGCCUCCCGGUCCUUGACUUCAUUUCGACGGUCUGGAGCUUUACGCCACAGGCCAUUCCGGAGGGACCAUACGAGUUGUCCCACGAGCUGGUUAACCUUUAUCUCCAAGCGAGCGAACGGCAGUCUUACAUGCACAUUGCGGAAAUCCUGAAGGACCUGCUCGCCCAGCUACCAGCAUGUCCGGACGACGACAUGGAUGGUGGCGACUCCGAUUUGGGAUCUCCGCGCAGGCUGCCGACUUUCAUCGUCAAUACGCGGGUCAUACUCGACGGGAGCAUGGUCCGAGAGGGUGGAACGACCCCAGACCUCAUGUGGUCGCACAAUAGAGGAACGACACAAUGGAGGGACAAUUGGGAGUCGUGUCUGGCCUUUGUAGAGAUCAAGCAUUCCCCGACUGCGGACUUCUUUCUCAGCCAGGAUAUCAAAAUCGACCUAUCUGCCUUCUCCAAACGCCCCGCCGGCAAGCAGAGGCUGAGGUCUCACACUCCCUCCGAGUACACGGAGUGCGACUCCGACUCGGAGAUGGUCGACGGGGAAGCGUCCGAUGACGAAGAAGACAACGAGCUCAAGAGAUCGCCUUCCACGGCGUCGGAUUUCGACGAACCAGCCGCCAAGCGACCCUGUCGACGAUCCUCUAUCUCGUCUUUGACACUCGUGGACGUGCCAUCGGACCAGAAUAGGCCGUUGGACGAGUAUGAAUUCCACGCCGCGCUCUAUAUCGCGGAGAUGAUGGAGCGUAGCAUUCGUUCGUACGCCUCCGGCUUUUCUGUCGAGGACACGACCGUGACGCUCUGGUAUGGUGAUCGCAUGGGACUGGUGACUUCCGCGGAGUUCGACUUCCUGGAGGAGCCCCACUUGCUUCUGCUGACCGCCGCGGCGCUGGACGCUGCCAACAUCGAGCGCUUCGGUGUCUUGCCAUUCCUCAGGACUCCGGGACAUGGCAGCGACGACGCGACGCUCGUUUUCCCGAAGGGGAGGGCUUGCGACGCACUCGGCGAACCCAUCGGCGAAGAGUUCAGAUUCAGGCUGUGCGAUGACGAAGCACCGUCCUGCAAGACCUCUGACACGAUGGUGGGAGCAGGAACGAUGAUAUUCUAUCUGGAGACGAUCCCGGAGAGGCGAGACCUGGACGGCGAGGAGUUCGUCGCGAAGGUCUCUUGGCCACUCGAACGCUCUGUGACUGAGACAGCUUUCUUGCGGGCGGUCACCACCGGGCUGAGGAACAAGGCUCCCCGAUAUACACCUCGACGCUUCAUGCUCAUGGUCAUGAAGAGGUAUGAGCCUCUUUGGGACGUGGAGCAUGUGUCAGAGUUCAGGAGUGUCUUUGUAGACGUCGUACGAGCGCAUCAUUGGGUCGCAGAGACGUCUGACAUCCUGCACGGCGAUAUCAGCCUCGGCAACAUCAUGUUCUACCGGCAGUACAAUGGCAAGGUCAUCGGUGUACUCAUGGACUGGGAUCACUCGCUCCGGCGCAACCGCGAGGAAGAGGCCAUGUUCGACCUCGAGGUGCCGUCGAGCGACGACCCAUGUACGAUGUGGGUAUAUCAGUUUGGCACGACCCAGUGGUGGUACACCGUGCCCUACCUGGAUGUCGCUCGGUCAUGCGCGCAGUGUGACGGCUCCACGUGGAUCCCACCGCACCGCUACGAACACGACCUGGAGGCGUUCUUCUGGGUGCUCAUCCACUUCCUGCAGCAGUUCGAGCCCGGGGACCAUAAGGUAUAUCCGACCGACUUCUUCAACAUGCGCGACAGCCACGAUGUCCUGGAAUGGAAGCAGUCGUUUCUCGCCGCGGAGAAGUCGGAAGAGGUGUACCAGGAGGCAGAGGAGCGGGUGGAGUGGCAUUACAGUCCGUUGUGGAAGGAGUGGGUGCCUCGGCUCAGGGACCUCGUUGCGCACGCCCAUUCGUUGCGCACACCGUGUACUGUGUCUGAGAGAGACCUCCGGAAGUCUCUGCCGGAGGCGUCAAGGGUGGGAUACCAGGAGGAGAUCGACGAAAUCGUUGGGCAGCUGCGGGAGAAGAUUGAGCAAAGGAAGACGGCCUUUACUUACAAGAAAUUCAUGGCUGCACUGGGUGAACCUCUGGACAUCCCUGAAUAA